CGACCACAUUUUCUGAGUUUAAAAAGCAACUAUUACUAGAAUUCGUAAAUAACUAGACUUACAACUACGAGCUUCCGCAUGCAUUAGCAUCAUAUUAGCCUUAGCGACAACAACUCAACCCGAUUCAUUUCUUUUACGUAAGAUCUGAACAAAGCGAUUUUUCUGUCUAAACUACACUAACAACAAGAUCAUAAUAUCCAACUGCAGAAUUAUCAGAUACGAUUGAGUCGUUUGCUAAGAAUUUUUUCUGCAUUUUCGUCUCUUUCUGCAAAACAAGGAAGCUUAGAACUUUUUGGUCUGAAUCAAUCAAAGAAUAUCUACAUUGCUCGAGAAUUUAACUGAUUAUCACAAAUAAACAAGACCUCCUAUCUUAAUCGAAAUCCCACUAACGCUAACUCAGUAUCAUCUUCAACUAUCUAUCUCUCGAACACAUCUUCCAUCAAAAUGUACGGAGGAGGAAACAACAACUAUGGCGGCAUGGACGCGGGCAACUGGCGCAACACCGGUACCACUGCCUCUCCUGCCGAAAGUUCCUUUGAUUCUUCCGCUGAACCCACUCCGGCUCGUCGCUUCGGAGGAAGUAAUAUUAGAUCUCGUUCUCCUCGCGGCUUUUCCGCUGGAGGCUUCGCCGUUGGAUCCGGUGGGGGAUUCUCCAACGGUGGAUUUGCAGCUUCCGGAGGUCUCGCUGCCUUCCACAAGAAGGACCACAAUGCUGGCGCCGACAAUGUGCAGCAAGGACCGAUUGCUCGCUCCGCUAUUCACGGCAAGCAAACUGAUGACGACACUCCUCUGCCGGUCGGCGAGUGGUUGCGUCAGAACGAGGUUGAGCUGCGUGGCGGAGAUGGGAACGUCGCUAUCUGCCAGAGCUGGGAUGAAACACCCUUUCCUCCUCAGAUGAUCGACAAGUUGCGUAACUUCCCGAAGCCAAGUGUGAUUCAGUCCUGUGCUUGGCCGAUCGCCACUUCUGGGAAAAAUCUCAUCGGUAUCGCAGAGACCGGUUCCGGUAAGACACUCGCUUUCCUAUUGCCAGCUGCCUUGCACUGCAAGGAACAUUAAGACUUCCGGAAAUCUCCCAUAAUUUUGGAAAGCAUCUUGGACCUCGCGUGUACUAAAAAGGGCGAAACGAGUCCGAGAUGAAAUUUUUAAAAUGGGAGAUUCCCGGAAGGUCUAAGAACAGCAGAAGAAUGGCGGAAACCAGGGUGGCUAUGGAGGUUAUGGUGGCUACAACAGCGGAUAUGGCGGAUAUGGGCGUUACGGAGGAGGAAGUGGUCAGCCAACCGCGUUGGUUUUGGCUCCGACAAGAGAACUGGUAACAGAUUUAAUUUUAAGUAGAGAAGAUUUUUUCCGAAACAUUGAUUUUGUAGAUAGUACAGAAAACUGUAGUCCAUGGAAAUCAAAAUACAUCUUCGUCACAACAAAUUAUAUCAAAGAAAAUAAGUACAAGUAGACUCUACUAUGAUCUUUACACACGACUUGCACUUGCUAGUACCUAAGUAGACUCUACUACUAUCUUUAGACACAUCACUCGCUACAACUUCUACAACAUUUAGGUCCAGCAAAUCGAGCUCGAGUGCCAAAAAUUCACUGAUCUGCGUUCCUGCUCUCUCGUCGGAGGCCUCCCCAAGGGACCUCAGAUCGGCGCUCUCCGUCGUGGCGUCGAUCUCGUCGUCGCUACGCCGGGACGUCUCUGCGAUUUGAUCGAUAUGCGGGUCUUGUCUUUGGACAACAUCAGCUACUUCAUCCUUGAUGAAGCCGAUCGUAUGUUGGACAUGGGCUUCGAACAGGAUCUGCGCAAAAUCGAUUCCUACAUCAACCCGCAAACGAAACAGACUCUGCUAUUCUCUGCCACUUGGCCGCGGGAAGUCCAGCGUCUGGCGGGGGACGUCAUUGGCCGCAACGGCGCGACUGAGAUCCGUAUUGGCGGAGCCGGAGACAACAACUUGCGCGCCAACCCGAACAUCAAGCAGCAUGUCAGAAUCGUCAACAACUUCUCCGACAAGUCCCGUGCUCUAGGUGAGAUCCUCAACGACUUGCAUGAGAAGCAUUCCCAUGAGAACCACGGCAACUUGCCCUUGACUUUGAUCUUCUCCAAAACGAAAAAAGGCUGUGAUCAGUUGGCCCAUGAGAUCCACCAGAACUGGCGCGUCCAUGCGCAGGCAUUGCACGGUGACAAAAGCCAGCCAGAGCGUGACUGGGCUCUGGAGCAGUUCCGCAAUGGACGGCAGCCAGUUCUGGUUGCCACGGACGUCGCGGCAAGAGGACUGGACGUGAAGAAUGUCAAGUGCGUCAUCAACUACGACCUCCCGAUGAACAUUGAAGAUUACGUACAUCGUAUCGGACGUACCGGACGUGGUGGUGCUAUGGACGGUCAGGCGCACACCUUCUUCUGCGAAAAGGACAUUCAGUAACUUUCAUCUUACAUUUUUUAUUUGUGUUGACUUAUAAUUUAAAAUUUGGAUCAUUUUUAUUCGUGAUUUGUUGCAUCAGAUGGAGAACUUACAGAUUUAAUUAAAGAUUUUUUCUUCUAAGUAACACUAACUAUCGUUCGAAGAGUGAUGUUAACUGUAUCCACUUUCUGCACAUCGAUUUAAUAUUGUUUCGCGUUCCACUUUCUGCACAUGCGAAGUGCUGAAUAAAUCUUGUUGUGAUGAUGACUAAUUCUUCCUUCACUCGACUUCGUUCACUCCCAAACAAAUCCAGGGCCAACGUCGGGAAGUAUGCCAAGGAAUUGUGCCAAAUCUUGACUGAGGCAAAGCAAGAAAUUCCGGAAGAAUUGUCCCGUUUGAGCUACAGCGGUGGAUCCUCCCGUGGCUUUGGAGGGAAGGGCUAUGGCGGAAAGGGGGGUAAGGGCUUCGGAAAAGGAGGCUUCGGAGGAGGUAAAGGAGGUGGCCGUGGAUUCGGCGACCGCGGAAACAGCUUUGGGGGUGGCCGAUGGUAA